AGUUGUAAAUAGUUGUGCGAGGAAAUCCAGCAGCUACAUUAGCAGCGAAAGCUGGAUUCAUCCUGCAAUCUACAUUUUUAGCCCAAAUCACAGUCUAUCGCUGAAAAUGACUGACCUGCUGAAGGGAAAUAUUGUGAUUAUUGGCAGUGGCCUCAUUGGUCGCAGCUGGGCCAUGGUGUUUGCGAGCGGAGGCUUUACAGUGACACUUUAUGACAUUGUGAAAGAGCAGGUCGCAGCUGCUUUGGAAGAUAUACGAAAGCAGAUGGAGGAACUAAAGAAAUCCGGAAUGCUCAGAGGAACGCUCAGCGUCGAUGAACAAAUGUCCCUAAUUAGUGGCUGCAGUGACUUAAAAACAGCUUUAGAGGACGCUAUAUACAUUCAAGAGUGUGUUCCUGAGAGCCUGGAAUUAAAACGGAAGAUAUUUGCAGACAUAGACCUUCACAUCAAUGACACAGCCAUAAUCAGUAGCUCAACAUCCUGCCUUUCACCUACAAAGAUGUUUAAUGGCCUUAAACAUGUCAAGAACUGCAUAGUAGCGCACCCUGUGAAUCCACCUUAUUAUGUUCCCUUGGUUGAACUUGUUCCCCAUCCAGAGACACAACCUGCCACAGUUGAAAGAACCUAUGAUCUGAUGAAAAAAAUUGGCCAGUCACCUGUAAAAUUAUUGAAAGAGACUGAUGGGUUUGUGUUGAAUCGGCUCCAGUAUGCAGUGGUCAGUGAAGCGUGGAGACUUGUACAGGAUGGUGUCAUAUCACCAAGAGAUGUGGACCUCGUGAUGUCUGAAGGGCUUGGGAUGAGAUAUGCUUUCCUUGGUCCUCUGGAAACUGCUCACCUAAAUGCUGAUGGGUUUCAGAGUUAUUGCGAACGCUAUGGAGAAGGCAUAAAACGUGUAUUGACAACAUUCGGACCAGUACCAGAAUUUUCGGGAGAAGUGGCACAAAAAAUUGACGCGGCCCUGUGGGACAAUAAAUCCUCUAAAAACGAUCAGCUUGCAACAAGGAGAGAAUGGAGAAAUUUAUGUCUGAGUCGCCUGGCUAAGCUAAAGAGUGAAAUUAAAUAUAAUAAUUAACAUAUUAUCUACAUGACCUAAAAUUACUGAUUCCUGCUUUAAAUAUCAUUUGGUGCAAAUUCCCUCUUUUAGCAUAAACUUUUCAAUAUCGCUAAAUACAUUGUAUACACAAUUGUUCUGUCAAGACAGAUGCUAUAUGUGGAAUUCAUAAAUAUCUGAAAAAUAAACCAGUUUUAUGAUUGUG